AUGGAGCUGUCCCAGCUCCUCAAUGAGAUCAGGGCAAACUAUGAACAGCUUCUCACCAGAAAUCAGAUAGAGACGGUGCUGUCAACACGGAUGCAGCUAGAGGAAGAUUUAACGAAGAGAAUGGACAAGGACGAGGAGGCUCUGAAGGCUGCUCAGGCCGAACUCAAGGAGGCUCGCCGCCAGUGCCACCACCUGCAGGUGGAAAUCGAGUCUCUCCACGCCGUGGAAAGGGGCCUUGAAAACUCUCUGCAGGCCAGUGAGCAGCAUCACCAGAUGCAGCUGCAAGACCUGGAGUUGGUGGUUGACAGGCUGGAGAAGGAGCUGCAGGAAGUGAGGUGCGGCAUCGAGAGGCAGCUGCAGGAGCAUGAAAUGCUUCUCAACACGAAGAUGCGCCUGGAGCAGGAAAUAGCCACCUACCGCCGCCUGCUAGAACAGGAAGAGCUCAGAUAUUAUGGUUAUAUCCAAGGAGAGAAAAAAGAAGAAAAACCUACCAGGAGUAAAGUUGGCUUUCUUCUGCCCUCAGCCAUUAUAAAUGAAAUAUCUUUUUCAACGAAAGUCUCACAAAAGUAUGAGAGCGAAAAUGGGGAGACCAUGACCAAACAGGCAGCGUCAAAUGGAAACGUGAAGGAGAGCGCAGAAGCUCGCGGCACCGUUCAGACAGAGAAAGUGGAUGAAGUUAUAAAAGAGUGGGAAGGUUCGUUCUUUAAAGAUAACCCCCGGCUGAGGAAAAAGUCUGUUUCUCUUCGAUUUGAUCUCCACUUAGCAGCCACCGAUGAAGGCUGCUUACAGAGCAGACAGGAUAACCUGCCAGACAUUGAAGUCAGGCUCAUCAUGAGAAGAUCAUGCAGCAUCCCCUCCAUCAAGCCCCCGCCAGCCACCAACUAA